UCAACUAUAAAAAGAGUGGAGAUUUUUAUCUGUGACAGACAUCAGCUUGAUCUUCCUCUCUGUGUCGGUCACCACCUCAGACAAAGAUGGCAUCCGGUUUUCAGAUUGCUUUGUUGCUCUGUUUGGCCAGCGGGCUGCUGACUGCAGAAAGUUGUUGUGAAGAAAAGAAACCCUGUUGCGCAGCUUGCCCUCCUGGUUGGACCCAGUUUGGCGAUCGCUGUUUCAUGUUCCACAUCAGGGGAAAGGCUUGGCACGAAGCAGAGCGUGACUGCCUGAGCAUGGAUGGGAAUCUGGCUUCGGUCCACUCAGUGAAGGAACAUGACUUUCUCAGAGACUACGUCUACAGAGUGUCCUAUUCGUACAGAUAUAUCUGGCUAGGAGGCCAUGAUGCAGUGAAGGAGGGCUUCUGGAUGUGGGCUGAUGGAUCCAAGUUUAACUACACACGCUGGGCUACAGGUGUGCCUAAUAACCUGAAAAAAGAGGACUGUCUGGAGAUGAACUAUGCAGGAACCUACUGGAACGACAGGAAGUGUACUGCAAUACGUUCUUACGUGUGCUCCAAAGACUUGCCUUGUUGUGACCGCAACCACUGAGGCCUUCCACCGUCAUGAUGUCGUCUCACUACAGCUCAAUUAUAAUCUCAAUUAUUGAUUCACUUUCAGUUUGAUCAGCAAACACAAGCCGCUCGCUGCAUGAUUCAUUCUCACUUUGUUUAUUAUCUGACGAGUUAUGAAAACAGUUUUAAAAUUAGAAGGAAACUGACUCACUGACCUGGAGUUUAUCCUGGACAACUGAUGAUGGUGAUUGAAAAGGGAUCAAACAUUGACGUCUGUAAACACAAAAGAGAAUCAGCUCAAAAUGUUUCUACUAUGGUCAGUUCAGAAACGUAUAAAUAUAAGUCAAACACUUCAGUUAUAUACGUGAAUAUACCUGUAGUUUAUACAGACAAAAAUAAAUCAGUAAUUGGACUUUAAUCUAGUAAAUAAGA